GUUGCCAUUGGAUCUAGUCUGUCAGGUGGCCUUUGUUGCUGUCAACAGUCAACAUUUUUAACAACUCCAACCUAUUUAACAAUUGGCUAUUUUUACCCAUAAUUUAAAUAACAAUUUUAUUUAUUAACAUUGAGUCCGUUCAAAAAAUUAAAUUUGUGAAAAAGUUCAAAUAAAUUUUCACUCAAUAUUAUUAAAAAAAAAAAAAGUUAAAAAAGAGCUGUGUGAAUUAAUAUGAGAUAUAUAAAGAUUAUUUUAUUAGCACCAACAAUCCUGACAAUUUGCUCAAUUACAUUUAGCGCAGCUUCAUUACCGCCACCGACUGAUGUAAAGGCUGAAAAACUCCGUUCCGAAAAAUUGCCCGACUGUGCUGCCUGCCGAGUACUUAUUGAAAGUUUCCAAAAGGGUGUUGAAAAAACAAAACGUGGGAAAUUUGAAGGCGGUGACACGGCAUGGGAGGAAGAUAACCAGAAAUCCUACGCCCGGAGUGAAGUAAGACUCACAGAAAUCCAAGAAAAUCUUUGCAAGGAUGUAGUCCGAGGUGAGAUCCAGUGCCACGACCUGGCCGAAGAACUGGAAGCUACGAUAGAGGAGUGGUGGUUCAAGUUCCAGGACCAACAUCCAGACUUGUUCAGCUACAUUUGCGUUGAUUUCACAGCACGAUGCUGCCCGAAAGACCACUGGGGCAAAGAGUGUACUGCGUGUCCCGGUUAUCCUGAUAACGUUUGCAAUAAUAACGGAAAAUGUCGCGGUGCCGGUACGCGAAAAGGCAACGGGACGUGUCUCUGCGACAAAGGAUACACUGGAGAUCAAUGUGGAGAGUGUGAUAAAAAGUAUUACCAGUCGUACAAAGAUGAAAUAAAAUUAUUAUGCUCGAGUUGUCACGAUGCCUGCGCUGAUGGAUGCACAGGUGCUGGAGCUGCUGAUUGUGUUGGAGAUUGCAAGAAAGGAUGGGUGAUUAAUCAAGACAAAGGAUGUGCUGACGUAAACGAAUGCGUCAAAAGCGAGAAAUACUGUCCUGGUAACCAGUUCUGCGUCAACAAAGACGGCGGAUACUCAUGUCUAAAAUGCGACCGGGCUUGCAAUGGAUGCACAGCAGAUGGCCCGGACAUGUGUACCAAAUGUGCGGAUGACUACGAGAAAAAAGACAAUAUUUGUAUAAAUACGGAUAUUCUUGGUCGUAAACGCCGCGAGAAUUGGGCGCGAUAUGCAACUUACUUUGGAUUGUGUCUCGCAACUUUUAUUAUUCUGCGGGGUAAUGUCUAUGCAGCUAGUGUUAUCGGUUUAAUGGUCGCACUCUACAUAUCUGUGUCUGAAUACCUGAUUGCUACCACUAAUGUCCAACAUACCACGCCAAAUCUUGACUUUUUACCACCAGCACAUUAGAUUUUAUUUUUUAAUACGUUUUAGUCACAAAAUACUCCUAAGUCAUUUAUUAUUUUGUUAUUAAUUUUAAUUUUGUACAGUAGAAUUGUCUAGAUCUCAUAGAUCUCUAAGUUUUUACAUUUUUUGUAAAUAUUUUAAUAUACAACUGACUAUUUAUUCAUUUAUUGAAUGAAAUUGGGUUGCAGAUUGAAUUUAAAUACUUCCAAUUUUAAUGUAAUUCAUAAAUUUAAGUAAUUGAUUUUUCUAAUUACUAUUGAUUUAAUUGAACAAGAGAUUAUCAAAAA